GCAGAUGACACCACCACUUCCAUAGUAACAGAUGACACCACCAGCUCCACAGUAACAGAUGACACAACCAUCUCUACAAUAACAGAUGACGACACCAUCACCUCCACAAUAACAAAUGACUCCACUCCCCACUUUGCAGAUGACACUAUUGCCUACACAAUAACACAUGACACCAUCACGGCAACAGAUGGCACAGUUAACUUUACAACAACAAAGGACACAGUGACAGAUGCAUCUUACCUAGUGGCAGAUAUCACUUCACCUUACUCCGUAACGGAAAAGAAGACUAGUUCACCACUGAUAAAUGACACCACUGAUUCCGCAUCACCACAAAACAUCGGCAUCUCCUUAAUACCAGAGAGUGACGUCACGAACACCACAGAAUCAAGUGACAUAUCUGAACCUAGCGAAGUUAUCUCGAUGUUACCAAGUGACACUGAUACUUCUACAUAUCCAAGCGUCAUCAAAACCACUACAGUUGCCAGUGUCGUCCACCUCUACGUGGUAACAAACGAGACGGAUGCUGCCUCAGUGUCCCCUGUAAUAUCUGGUGAUUUUACGAGCGUUGUGUUGCCCGGUGACAUUCAUACUACGGACUCGCUUGGUGAUAUCAGUCCUACAACAGUAGUAGGUGAUGGUAGUCUCGUCAGGACAUCCGUGGAGAUGAGUAAUACGACGACCUAUAGCACUAAUACCACCAAGAUACCCAGUAAUACUAGCACGACAUUAUCCAUCGACGUGCCUUCUGCCCUGCCCCUUGACCCAAGCACCUCUGCUACAAGUGGCAUCGAUCACACAAUACCCAGCGGUUCCAACAACACACAGUCCAAAACCCGCAGUGAAAUCGCGGUUCCUUCAACAAAGUUCACCAAAGACAAAUUCAUUGACGGUGAUUUUAUAACGACAAGACCGGAAAUAGAUUUAGAGAAACCUAUCAUCGCGAGGCCAAAAUUAUUUCCUCCAGAAGGUUCGAUAACAACCUCCAAUGUUACUGAUGUGGAAAGCGCUUCACACACGCGUUGCCUGCAAAUGCACUGCAACAUAUCAGCCCAGGGAGACCCAUCUGCUUGUCAGGUCUGCGUCCCCGCCAGCCAAGGCCUCUUCGGCGUGGCGGGCCCUCCUGGCAAAGCCGGUCCACGUGGCCGGGCGGGGCCCCCUGGAAAACCCGGGCAGGCUGGUCCACCAGGCAAAGAAGGGCCACAGGGCGAGCGGGGCCCCGUUGUUGUGGGGCUCCCUGGCGUGCCUGGGGCGGUGGGGGCCCCGGGCGAAAAGGGAGACCCAGGAAGCCCGGGCCCACGCGGAAGGCCGGGAAAGAAUGGAAAACGAGGACCCCGAGGCAAGAAAGGCAAAGCAGGCAAACGGGGCAAGAAAGGGAAGAAAGGCAAGAAGGGGAAAAGAGGGCCACGUGGCAGGGCAGGACGACAUGGCCCUAUAGGUCCACCUGGCUUACCUGGCCUACCAGUCGGCUGUGGUAAAGCGACGAUGCACCAGCUUCAUCCUUCGGGUGAACCUCCGUUGCUAAGAGGAAGAUUACGCCUUGGAAUACCUCAUGCUGACACCACUAAAACGGAAGACAACAUGCUCUGUAUAGACGAGCCGGUCACUUUCCGAAAUGGACUUGCCCUCCAGCAGGUGACUCCUACUCCUUCGCCAGGGACUUUGGUAUAUCUGGAGGAGGAGGACUCUUUCGUGGGCCGCGUGAAAAGGGGUUGGCGGUAUGUCAGGAUGGGUACAAUGAUGCCUGACUAUAGCAGACUGAGAGAUCGACCACUUGCUCCUUCAGGUGGCAAAGCCCUACGAUUAGCAGCCCUGAACACGCCCCUCGAUGGCAACAUGGGCGGUCUCCGGCGUGCGGACCGACGAUGCUUCAGGCAGUCCCGACAAGCGGGUCUUCGGGGUACCUUCAGGGCCCUCCUCACCUCGAACACACAGGACCUGAGCUCCAUCGUGCGUCGGCAGGACAGGCAUCUCCCCAUCAUCAAUCUGCAGGAUGAGAAAUUGUUCGAAAGCUGGGACAGCAUCUUUAGCGGGACUCAGGCCAUCUUCGCCAAAAGGCCCAGUCUCAUCAGCUUCGGUGGUGACAACGUGAUGGAAAGCUCCAUCUGGCCGUCGAAGCACGUCUGGCACGGAUCCGGAGUGACGGGGAACAGGUCCGUGAUUGCCUGCGACGGAUGGACGAGUAACAGCAGGAGAACCCGAGGCUUGACGUCUUCGCUCGAGUUGUACAGACUUCUCGGACAGCACACCCAUUCUUGCGAGAGACAGCUAGUCGUGUUGUGCAUUGAAGUUACCAGUGAACGUUAGAUGUUGUUAGCAUUAUUGUUAUCGUUAUCAUUAAUUUAACACUACGUGCCAUGUGCCCUACCGUGUGACGUAGAAAUUAACUCAGGUCAGCCUUGCCAAUGUUAAUUAUUUUGUAGUUGUGUAUCCUUUAUACAGUAAGAAAAUAAUAAUAAAAAACUGAAAGUACAGUGUGUGUGUGUGUGUGUGUGUG